AUAUAAUUGAUUUUAGGUUUUAGGAAGGAAAUACUCCUGUUGUUCGUUUUGGGAAAAGGUAGUGGUGUGCGAAUGUUGUUCAUGUACUAGUAAGCACAAGGUUUAGAUGGAGAAAAUGAGAUCCGCAGAAGGUCCUAGGAGCUUCUUCACAGUUUCAAGGUCGACCACAAGGGAAACCCCGCAACUUCUAUGUAAGCGUUAGACAAGAGUCCCUAAUCUUCCUAAAUACAUUUGCUGAAGUAUCCACCCUCAGUCUGAAACCAAAGGCCGUCAAGGAAAGAUGAAGAUCUACAGCACCGACGGUAGUUACACAGAGAACGUUCGGGACACAGAGUUCGGUUGGUCUUUCAACGACAUAGACUUAGAUUCGGGCAAUGAGAUCGGAAAGACUGAAAUAUUCGAGGUUAAGGGUAAACCCCUUCUGUUACCGAACCCGAUCAUAGAAGUGUGCGGUGUCGAGAACGCGGAGGAGUGUCAAGAACGUCCGGUGAACCUGACCAGAGAGUAUAUGUUGCGGAACUUCGUGAACAUAGACUCUCAGACGCCAACCAAAGAAGAGAUAGCAAGUCUCAUAGAGCCUUAUUCCAUCCAGAGCGGCACUUUGCUCUCUGUGGUUUCCAACGCGAAACUAUUAACGUACAAAAGUAAAUAUUUGCAACUUUUUAUUGCCGCUAGAGCUAGUGCUUACAGAUAUUUGAUAAGAGAUAAAGAGGAGAUAAAGAAAGUCGUUGAUGAAUUCAAUUUGAACGAUGCCGAGUCACACAACCCAGUAUCUAUAUUAUUGGAACUUAUUUUUACAGAUAAGCCUUCGCCCAUUGAUUACUUUUUGUUUAAUACGAAAGCUAGUGAGUCGGGUUCCUUAGUUAGGAGUUUGCUGAGGCAGAAAAGUCAAGAUGUCUUUGCCAAGGCUAAGGGUGAUGCAGAUAGCGGUGUUGCUGACAGCAUCUCCAGCAACAACAGCGAUGACAAUAUGAGGAACGAAGUUUUGGAGAUACACGAAGACCUUGAGCACAUGAACCUGACCGUAGAAAGGCUAAUCGAGAAGGCCGAGAAACUGGAGAAAGACCUCAUCCAGACCAACUACCUGGACGACCUGAUCCACCUACUCAACGGGAACGUGGACAAAGUCAAGACCAUAAAACUCCCUUUCAAGGCUUUCCUGGCCAGGGGAGAGGAACAGGUCAAUCUGGUGGUAUAA